AACGAACAACGGAGGAGCCAUGGAGGAUCACCGAAAACAGAACGCAGAACGGCUCCGGAAGAAGAGUAAUAAGAUCUCUCUCGAGGACUACCUCGAUUUCUUCUCCUCCGACAAGCAACUAUUCCUCCCUGUCGCUUAUCUCAAUCAGAUCAUUCGCAUGCAUGGCUACAUGAAUAUCAAAGGUCUGAAGAAUGUAGUGAAGGAUGCCGUAGGUACAAUUAAUCUGGUCAAUCUCUCUCGGUCCACACUCAAAGAGAGCAUCUCAUCAUCCGCGUCCAUUACGCUUGAGGACGUAAUCUCGGACCUCAAAAACCUCGAAUGGCAAGAAUGCAGUGUGACAUCUGUUCUGAAUUUCAGUUCCUGGAAUCAGAAUAACUCCGAUCCGAGUCCGGACCGCGAGGAGCCGACUAGUGCCUCAAAGAAGUCAGGAAAGAAAUUACGAGUAUCGAGUGAAUGUUAUAGUCAAGAAGUCGAGGCAGUUGAUGGAGUCUCCUCGUCUUGUGCCUCGAAGAAGUCGGGAAGUGAAUCUCAGAGUAAGAGAAAGAAAACAGCUGCUUAAAAGUGGUGAGAAAGAUGGUUCACUUCACUUGAUUUGGUACCUUCUUUUUGUUUUCUGUUUUACUGUAAUGGAGUUAAAUCAAAUAUGAAACUGUUCCUCAGUGAUUUCUUCUUUUUCUGGGCAACAAUGGUCGUUUCUGUUAUUGUU